UUCUUAGAAGUGAAAAAAAGAAGAGUAGUUAUGGCAUUCAUUAAUGCCCAUCAUCUCCUUGGUGUUUUAUUGCUUCUUAGCUUAACAACCAUUGAAGCUGAUGAAAUUAUAUUCAACAGCACUCUUACUACUACUGAAUAUUUUGGCCGAACAAGUUUUCCACCUGAUUUCAUUUUUGGGUCAGGAUCAUCUGCAUACCAGGUUGAAGGCGCAGUAAAUGAAGGUGGCAGAGGACCAAGUAAUUGGGAUAAUUUCACUCAUAGUUAUCCAGAUAAAAUACAAGACAGAAGUAAUGGAGAUGUAUCCGUCGAUGAAUAUCAUCGUUACAAGGAAGAUCUUAAGCUCAUGAAGGAUAUGAACAUGGAUGCUUAUCGAUUCUCCAUCUCUUGGUCCAGGAUACUACCAAGUAACAUAUUACAGGGACGGGUUAGUGGAGGUGUGAACACAGAAGGAAUCAACUAUUACAAUAACCUCAUCAAUGAGCUUAAAGACAAAGGUCUUAAACCCUUUGUGACCAUUUUUCAUUGGGACGUUCCUCAAACCUUGGAAGAAGAAUAUGGUGGCUUUUUAAGCCUUAAGAUAGUGGACGAUUUUCGAGACUAUGCUAAGCUUUGCUUUGAGGAAUUUGGAGACAGAGUGAAGCAUUGGAGUACGUUGAACGAACCAUGGACAUUCAGCAAGCAUGGCUAUGCAAAAGGGAGUUAUGCACCGGGAAGAUGUUCACCUUGGCAGAACCUUAACUGCACCGGCGGAGAUUCGGCGACCGAACCCUAUAAUGUGGCACACCAUAUGUUAUUAGCUCAUGCAGCUGCCGUUAACAUCUACCAGACUAGAUAUCAGAGAUUUCAGGGGGGCAAGAUAGGAAUUACACUAAAUUGUCACUGGAUGAUGCCACUUAGUAAUACUAUAUCGGAUCGUAGUGCUGCACAGAGAAGCCUUGAUUUCAUGCUUGGAUGGUUUAUGGAGCCAUUGACAACAGGACGUUACCCAAGUUCCAUGGUGCAUCUGGUGGGAAAUCGAUUACCAAAGUUCUCUUCAUAUGAAUCAAGGCUUGUAAGAAGGUCCUUUGAUUUUAUUGGACUAAACUACUACACCUCCUAUUAUGCUACUAAUGCUCCAGAUAUAAAUGCCAACCCUAGCUACCUCACUGAUUCUCUAGCUAAUCUUACAAAUAAGCGUCACGGAAUACCUAUAGGUCCACCUGCUGCUUCAAGCUGGUUGUCUGUUUAUCCAAGAGGAAUUCGUGAACUUCUGCUGUACAUCAAGAAAAAGUACAACAACCCUGUGAUCUACAUCACUGAAAAUGGCAUAGAUGAAGUUAAUGAUCCAAAAAUUCCACUUAAGGAAGCCCUUAAAGAUGGGACUAGAAUUGAUUACUAUGAUGAACAUCUCUACUAUGUUCAUAAGGCAAUCAAGGAAGGGGUGAGGGUGAAAGGAUUUUUUGCAUGGUCAUUUAGUGACAGCUAUGAAUGGAAUUAUGGCUACACUGUGAGGUUUGGAAUCUACUUUGUGGAUUACAAAAAUGGCCUCAAAAGAUAUCCAAAACUUUCGGCCACUUGGUUCAAGAAUUUCCUGCAAUCGAAAGUACCUACACAUGGUGAUUCGCGCUAAGGACAUGAACAAUUCACUAAUCAUGUGUCUUAGAUAAAAUAUAAAAUGUGAUUACUGUGAGCAUUAUAGCUCAACUAUCAUGCUUAUUUCUAUUCAAUAAAGAUGUAGACACACAAAUGUAAUUGGUGUUUAUAACUCCAAUUGCUGUGUUUUCUUGUUGAGUUUGAAUUCUAUAUAUAUUUCUAAGAAAGAAAGAAACCUGUGAUAAACACUU